GGAUAGGCUUCUUCGCUUUCUCUCAGGUUUCCCCCUUUUUCCCUUUCUUCUCCAUCUUCUCUCUACCUUCUCCCCUCUCCAGAGAGAGAAGAAAAAAAUGGAGCUGGCUCUGAGCUUAGGAGACGCCUCCAAACCAUUCAAGUUCCUCGACAAAACCCCACCCAAGAUCUCCACCAAAGAUCACCACUUGGGCUUCUGCAUGGGCUUGGGCGCCGGCGGGGGAGGAGGAGGAGCUGCCGCUAGUAGUUCGGCUAUUGCCGCUUCUCCAGCUACGAGUGAGACCGUCGAUCGACGAGGGGACGACCGGAGAAGGGUGAAUGCUUCGUCAUCGACAGACAACCACACUCCUCUGCAGCUCGAUCUCCUGCCUUUCUCCCCUGUUCUCAGAAGACCCGCCGCCGCGGCGGCGGCGGCGGCGCCGUCUGAGGCUCGCUUCCCGUGGCUUAUUCCUGCCGACCCAGCUCUGACUUCGUCCGAGCAUGGGGCGAUGGAUGGGUCGAUACAAGGGAGGCGGCUCGAUGUGAACCGUUUGUCGGGGGAGGAAGGGGACGACGCGGCGGCGCUCUCGUCACCCAACAGCGGCGGCUCGUCGUUUCAGAUGGAUUUCGGGAUAGGGAGUGGUGCUUUUGGUCGAGGGAAGCGAGAUUUGGAGGCAGCUGAAGCUGAACGAGCGGGUUCCAGAGCCAGCGAUGAUGACGAGAACGGAUCCACCCGGAAGAAACUCCGACUUUCUAAAGACCAAUCGGCUUUUCUCGAAGAGAGCUUCAAAGAACACAACACCCUCAACCCCAAGCAAAAGGUAGCGCUGGCAAAGCAGUUGAAUCUACGGCCGAGGCAGGUGGAAGUUUGGUUUCAAAACAGAAGGGCCAGGACAAAGCUGAAACAAACAGAGGUGGAUUGUGAGUAUUUAAAGAGGUGCUGCGAGACACUGACAGAAGAGAACAGGAGGUUGCAAAAGGAACUGCAGGAAUUAAGAGCCCUGAAAACUUCCCAGCCUUUCUACAUGCAGCUCCCUGCCACCACCCUCACCAUGUGCCCUUCUUGCGAGCGCGUCGCCACCACCACCACCAACACCUCCACCGCCCCUUCCACCGCUGCUCCAACCUCCACCUCCGCCAGCCCAAUCACCACCGUGGCUGCUGCUGCCACAAGCGGCACCAAUAACUCGUCAACAGCAUUGUCUUUGGGUAAACCUGGCGGUGGAGGUGGAAGUAAUGGCAGCAGCAACAGUAAUGGUAGUAGGAAUAUGCAUCCUUUUGUGCAGCAGCUUCACAUGUCUAAACAGCAGCAGCAGUCUCAACCUAACCAGCCAGCUGCGUCAUGACUUGGAAAGCAAAGCUACAGCUCCAUCAAUAGGGCGGAUCGAGGGAGGAGUAAAAAAGUGAAAAACCCAGCUGUAAAUAUUUUGUGGGUUCGUUCGUAAUUGUCAGUAUGUUGGUCAUUUAAGAUGGGUGUUCGUGAUGCUGGUAGAAGUUGGGGGGAAGUGGGGGGGAUUCGGAAAUAGUGGUUGUUGUGUGUUUUUCCUUCCUUUUUUUUUUUUUUGGGUUCUUCUCUCUUUUCCCUUUCUUUGACUAGCUAGCUACCAUGGGGGAUGAAUGAAGAAGAAGUAGAAAGAAGAUAGCUUGUUAUUUAUUUUUUCUUCUUUUUUUUUGCUGGAAGUAAGACCUCAGUUUUGUUGGGUGGUAUUCAAUUGAUUUUUGUAUUGAAUAUGGAAGGAGGAAGGUUGCUUUUGUUUUUCCUUGACUGAUGCUGCUGCUGAUGAUGAGAUGAAUGUUAUUAUUAUGCUUGUGAGUUAAAUUGCG